AUGAACAAUUCAGACAGCAGAAUAAAUCCUAGACAACUGGGAACUCCCAGAGGUAUUAAAGCAGAGUGAGGAUCCUAUGCUGCUGUCCCAACGUCAGGGGAUAGAAAGAAUCUAAAUAAACCCACUCGAGGGAGGAAGAAGAGUAUAUUUGAAGCCUACAUGUCAAAAGAAGAUUCAGGACUGAAAAGGGGAGAGCUAAUUCAGGGACCCUUGAGAAUAAAUCCUAAGAAGUACCAUGAAGCCUUCAUUCCAUCUCCAGAUGGUGCUCGUGAUAUCUUUAUUGAUGGAGUGGUUGCUCGCAACAGAGCCCUGAAUGGUGACAUCGUGGUGGUGAAACUUCUGCCCAAGGAGCAAUGGAAGGUAAUAAAGCCAGAUGGUAGUGACAAAGAAACAGAAGUCACGCAUGAAUCAGAUGUCCCUGAGGAUAUGUUGGGGAGUUGCAUUCCUCAAGAGACAGCGAAAGGCGAUGCUGGAAGUCCGGAUGUCAUUAUAGAAGCUCAGUUUGAUGAUAAUGAUGCAGAGCAUGGACAAGGCCACUUGCAGGAUGUGUUGACUGAUGACAUUAAGAAACUUUCCCUGGAUACUGGUGAAAAGGCAAAGGCUGUUGGGAUCGGUGGUGUGCACAAAACAAAGCAAGACGAUGGAACCAAGGUGGAUGAUCCCAGGCUCCUCCCAGAUAAGUUUCUUCAAAGGACAGCCAAGGUGGUCUAUAUUUUGGAAAAGAAGCAUUCCCGAGCAGCUACAGGCUUCAUCAAGCUUUUGGCAGACAGGAACAGUGAACUCUUCAAGAGGUGUGCCAUGUUCUCACCUGUGGACCACAGAGUGCCCAGGGCCUAUGUGUCCUUAGCUGAUUGCCCUCCAGACUUUGUGACCAGGCCUGAGGACUAUUCAAAUAUACUCUUCAUCUGUCGCAUAGUGGACUGGAAAGGAGACAGCAACUUUGCAACAGGGCAGUUGGCCAAAAGUCUUGGGCAGGCCGGGGAGAUUGAGCCAGAAACGGAAGGAAUCCUGACGGAGUAUGGUGUGGAUUUCUCUGACUUUUCCCCCGAAGCCCUGGAAUGUCUUCCCCAGAGCCUGCCUUGGGUUAUCUCACCGGGAGAGUUGGCCAAAAGAAAGGAUUUAAGGAAAGAAUGCAUUUUCACCAUCGACCCGUCAACUGCCAAAGAUCUUGAUGAUGCUUUGUCCUGUAAACAACUCCCUGACGGGAACUUCGAAGUGGGUGUUCACAUCGCAGAUGUAAGCUACUUUGUACUGGAAGAAACAGCACUGGAUAAAGUAGCAAGCGAAAGAGCAACUAGUGUCUAUCUAGUGCAAAAGGUAAUCCCAAUGCUUCCCAAGAUGCUCUGUGAGGAGUUAUGCAGUCUCAAUCCCAUGCGAGAUAGGCUGACAUUCUCUGUGAUGUGGAAGGUGACUCCAGAAGGCAAGAUCCUUGAUGAAUGGUUUGGGCGGACAGUCAUCUGCUCCUGCGUGAAGCUGAGCUAUGACCAUGCACAGAGUAUGAUUGAAAGCCCUGGGAAGGUGUUCUCACCUGAAGAAUUACCCCCUGUCUCCCCUCAACACUCAAUAGCUGAGAUCCAGCAAGCUGUGCUGAACCUGCAUCGAAUUGCCCAGCAUCUCCGCAAACAGCGCUUCAUUGAUGGUGCUCUGCGCUUAGACCAGCUGAAGCUGUCGUUUACCUUGGACCAGGAGAGUGGGAUGCCUCAAGGCUGUUAUAUCUAUCAGUACCGGGACAGCAACAAGCUGGUAGAAGAGUUCAUGCUGCUCGCGAACAUGGCCGUGGCCCAUCAGAUCUACCGUUCCUUCCCUGAGCAGGCCCUGCUUCGCCGCCACCCCCCACCACAAACCAAGCUGCUGAAAGACCUCAUGGAGUUUUGCAACCAAGUUGGCCUUGACAUCGACUUCAGCAGCGCGGGGACCCUGCACAGAAGCUUAAAUGAAACAUUUGGUGCUGACAAAUACUCCGAAGCCAGGAAAGAAGUGCUGACCAACAUGUUCUCCAGGCCCAUGCAGAUGGCUCUCUACUUCUGCACCGGCAUCAUGGAGGACGAGACCCUCUUUCGCCACUACGCCCUGAACGUACCCUUCUACACACACUUCACCUCACCUAUCCGCCGCUAUGCAGACAUCAUCGUGCACCGUCUCCUCUCCGCCUCGCUCGGUGCCAGUUCCCCCAUGAAGAUGGAGAAGGAGGCCAUCCAGAGACAGGCAGAUCACUGCAACGACCGGAAGAUGGCUUCCAAGAGGGUGCAGGAGCUCAGCACUGACCUCUUCUUUGCCAUCUUUGUCAGGGAGUGUGGUCCUCUGGAGUCAGAGGCCAUGGUGAUGGGUGUCCUUAACGAGGCCUUUGAUGUCCUGGUGCUGAAGUUUGGAGUCCAGAAGCGCAUCUACUGCAAUGCGCUGCCCUUGCUGGGCUUCCACUUCCAGAAGGUGGGGAGGAAGCCAGAGCUGAUGCUCAUGUGGGAGCCGGAGAACCUGGAGCAGGAAUCUGUGCCCCAGGUGAUCAGCAUUUUCACGCUGGUGGAGGUCGUGCUGACGUCGGACAGCAUCCCGCUCAAAUACAGCGCCCUGCUCAAGAGACCGAGCUCGGAGAAGUGA